UUGAAGGAGAGGGGGAGGAACAGAGAGAGAGAGGGAGAGAGAGAUUACACCUCUCUCGUCCUGCUUUGGUCUUUGAAUGGGAGGAGCAACAUACCACAGCCUGCAGUAUGCAGAGCUGCGGAUCAGAACCGGGCUCAGAAACCAAAACUAGUCGGCACCAGUCGAGGGAGGAGAUGUAACAUCCCGGAUGUGGAGAAACAGCGUCCUGUAAUUCUACGUCGGGUCUUAGAAGCCGUCACACAUAUACAUGCGUAACCUACGUAUUUAAAUAUGAUGUAGCCGAUACGCACUGGCUGGACAGGCGGUGAAGAGAGGUCGCUGACGGACUGUGCGUAAUGCUGAGUGGACAGCAGCAUUUCUCGCUGUAUAUUCCAGCCUAGACGGGCUAUUGACAGGAGAUUCGCACUUCUUCUGCAGUGCAGCUCGUCAUCAGAACCCGAUGCGCUCCGCCGGACCGGACCCGUUCAGUUUCAUGCCGUCCAACCCGACUGGAGCCUGAGCCGAAGGAUGCAGGUUAAAAACCAGAUCUGCACCGAGCGGAGCAGCACCGACGACCCGGAGCAGGAUGACAACCAGAAGAAGACCUCGUGUUUUUCCAACAUUAAGAUUUUCCUGGUGUCGGAAUGUGCGCUCAUGUUGGCACAGGGCACCGUGGGCGCCUAUCUGGUAAGUGUUUUAACAACUCUGGAGAGACGCUUCAACCUCCAGAGUGCCGAUGUGGGCGUCAUAGCCAGCAGCUUCGAAAUUGGCAACCUGGCCCUCAUCCUGUUUGUCAGCUACUUUGGCGCCAAGGCCCACAGACCCCGCCUGAUUGGCUGCGGGGGGAUCGUCAUGGCGCUGGGGGCAUUGCUAUCAGCCCUGCCGGAGUUCCUGACUCAUCAGUACGAGUACGAGGCCGGGGACUCAUGGCACGCUGAGGACGGCAGGGACGUCUGCUCCAACAUCUCCAGGUCAGAAAACCGAGACUCUGGGUUUAAAUGUGGCAACCGAGCCAACACCAACAUGAUGUACCUUCUGCUGAUCGGAGCCCAGGUUCUGCUGGGCAUUGGAGCAACACCUGUCCAGCCUCUGGGAGUGUCCUAUAUCGAUGACCAUGUCCACAGGAAGGACUCCUCACUGUAUAUAGGUAUUUUAUUUUCAACGCUGGUGUUUGGCCCGGCCUGUGGCUUCAUCUUAGGUUCCGUCUGUACCAAAGUCUAUGUUGAUGCUGUCUUCAUUGACACCAGUAAGCUGGACAUCACCCCAGAUGACCCUCGCUGGAUCGGGGCGUGGUGGGGCGGCUUCCUCCUUUGUGGUGCCUUACUCUUCCUGUCAGCCCUCUUCAUGUUCGGCUUCCCCCAGGCGCUGGACGAGCAGGACAUGGACGGUGGAGGGGAGAGUGAGCAGGCCAUGCUGCCUUCUUCCCUGACCCUGGAAUACCAGGGCUCUAAACCCAACGGGGCCAUUCAUGGUUUUGAUAUGAACAGUGGACUCUCAGUCUGUGAGCAUCUGAGAGUAAUCCCCCGGGUAACCAGGCACCUACUCUCUAACCCGGUGUUCAGCUGCAUCACGCUGGCAGCCUGCAUGGAGAUAGCUGUAGUUGCUGGCUUUGCUGCCUUCCUUGGCAAAUACCUGGAGCAGCAGUUCAACCUUACCACCUCCUCAGCCAAUCAGCUGCUAGGUAUGACGGCGAUCCCCUGUGCCUGUCUGGGUAUCUUCCUCGGAGGGCUGCUGGUUAAGAAGCUGAACCUGUCUGCUCUGGGUGCUGUCCGUAUGGCCAUGCUGGUCAACCUGGUGUCCACUGCCUGCUACGUCUCUUUUCUCUUCUUGGGGUGUGACACUGGACCUGUCGCAGGGGUUACAGUGGCCUAUGGCAACGAGACGUUGCAGUCUUGGCAGCGACCUGAGUCAGCAUGCAUCAGUAACUGUAACUGCUACACAGCAUCAGUGAGCCCCGUCUGUGGUUCCAAUGGAGUCACCUACCUCUCAGCCUGCUUCGCUGGCUGCACCAAACCAAACCUGACCAGCUGUACGUGUAUAUCCAACAACAGUGAAGAUGCUGUGGCUUUGCCAGGAAAGUGUCCCAGUCCAGGCUGUCAGCAGGCCUUCCUCACCUUCCUAUGUGUUAUCUGUGUGUGCAGCAUGAUCGGAGCGAUGGCCCAGACGCCCUCCGUCAUCAUCCUCAUCAGAACCGUAAGUCCAGAGCUUAAAUCGUACGCCCUUGGAGUUCUGUUCCUGCUCCUGAGACUUAUAGGCUUCAUCCCUCCCCCUCUGAUCUUCGGCAUGGGCAUCGACUCCACCUGUCUGUUCUGGAGCUCGGUUUGCGGCGAGAAGGGAGCCUGCAUGCUGUAUGACAACGUGGCCUACAGGCAUCUGUACGUCAGCAUCGCCAUCGUCCUCAAGUCAUCAGCCUUCGUCCUGUACACCACCACGUGGCAGUGUUUGAGAAAGAACUACAGGAAGUACAUCAAGAACAGCGAGGGUUACCUCACUCCCACCGAACUCUUUGCCUCCAAUGUGACUCUGGACAAUUUGGGCAAGGAGAUCACGCAGAACCCAGUCAACAGGACAAAGUUCAUAUACAACCUGGAGGACCAUGAGAUGUGUAACAACAUGGAGUCAGUUUUAUAGUGUCACUCUGCACCGGGACUGCAGACUAGAACUGUUAAUGUGCAAUUGACCUGAUGUGCGAUGUUUCUUUGGUGUCGUCUUGGUUUAGAAGAAUGUCCUCAGUAAGGGUUUUAUCUUCUUCUCACCCAAAACAUCAGACAUAAUGACAAAAUUGAAGAGGUGUUUCCCAAAAUGCUCUAUAUCCACAUUGCACUCAAUUUUUUAUUUUCUAUUUUUUACUAAAAUAUAAAUU